AAGGAUUAAGUUAUAUUCUCAUACAAAAUGUUAGUAAAAGGAAACUUUUUACACAAUUUUCUUGAUAUAUCAUACUCAGCAAUCUUAAUAUUAUACACGAUAAAAGACAGGGAAUGAACAGACAACAAUCAAUAUUAGUGGUAUGUUCGCUUCCGCAUGUGACCUAAGAACUAAGAAUUACAGACUUGUAAACAAUAAUGACAGGCCGGUGGAAUACUCCUUUGAAAACGGUUUGAGAAUACAGAUGACAAAAGCUGUAGUUCAGGUAGACUACAAACAAUUUUUCUCAUUUUUAUUUGAGGAAAAAAAUGACAUUAAAGUGACGAUAGAAUUGAAUUUAUUAAUAAAGAACCUGAGGGGCUGAAAAGUCCGUAGCUUGGUCCCAGAUCUGAUAUGAAGUUUGUAACCCAAUACAGAGUGUUUUCUUACGUUGUAAACUACCUGAUCUUAACUCUGAUAGUUCUACCUUGUGCAGAUUCAUGUAUACUUUUACUAAAUGGAUGGACACCCCUGUCCGUGUAUGAAAGGACAGGAAUGGCAGAUGCAGUUGCGUCCGGAUUUGUAAUGAGGACAUUCAAGGACGUCAGGACAGACGCACAUACAUACAGUGCUGAAGUGAAAAUAUUACAAAUUUACAAAGGUGUUGAAAACUUCCGUGAAGUAACAGCUAAUGAAAGUUUGGGAAACAUAUAUAAUAUCAGUAAUUUUGGUGAUAAGAAGAUGUGUUAUGCUGAUAUCGAUGAAAACGAAAGUUAUAUUUUCUUUUUAACUGUCUAUAAAGAGCGGUUAUCAGCACAGUAUGAUGACAUUUUUGGUGCUGCUGUAGAUUUCACGGAGGAAAACGAGGAUGAAGUUAUACAACAACUAGGUUGGGACUUCUGGUCUUCCUGGAGCUCGUGCACUGCUUCCUGUGACGUAGGUGUGCAGGUGCGGAGACGCGCGUGCCAAAAAAAGAAGGGAACGUGUGAUGGGAGCGAGGUUGAUCAGAGACAGUGCAAUACAUUUUCUUGUAAAGGUACAAGAAACGUCAUGGAAAUUUUCAACAUUCAGUCACUUCCGGUUGGCAUAAGUCGUGACGUCAUGCGACCAUCAUCAUUUAAUAUUACACAAAGAGCCAAUUUAUACUCACCAUUAUCAUCAAUAUUCCGGACAGGGUUCCCUAUUGAUUUUUCUAUUAUUUUAACAGCAAGACUUCCUGUAGAUAGUGAAGGAUAUCUGUUUACUCUGAGUGACAUAAUGGGAAAACAAAGAUUGUCAAUUAAAUUCGGAGAUGUAACAAAAUUUGAAUAUUAUGAUCAAAAUGAUUUACCUGGAUUUAAAUCACCUUCAUUUGAUGUUAGUUUGACGAAUGGAGAGUGGCAUCAAGUCGCAUUCAGUAUAAAAGGUCAUUCAAUAAAAAUGUAUGUAGACUGCAUACAUGUCCUCAGUAAGACUUUGAGCCGUUCGGAACACCCUUCUGUUGGCGUUAACCUCAUGGCUUCAAUUGGUCCAUACUUUGCCAGAUAUGGACGGCCAUUCGAGGGCCAACUGGAGCAGUUAACAAUAGCUUCAGACCCGUCCGCUGCUGCUCACCAGUGUUUCAUACAAACUGGAGAAAUGAUACAAGAGCCAGCCAGUAAAGAUGACGGUGACGUUAGACCUAAGCCAACACCGCCGUCUGUACUUAGGACCACAACUACAGAUAAAGAUGACCAUAAGGAAUUAGCCACAGCUCAAGCUUUACCGACGGAGUGGUCCUCUUGGUCUUCCUGUAGCACCACAUGUGGGUCUGGGCAACAGACGCGAUCGCUAUACUGCCUCAAUAACGAAAUCAGCGUAGAAGAAUGCGUGAGCGGACAGCCCGAGACAUCACAAUCACGGGUCUGCUUCGUUCGGGAGUGUCCCGAGCUUUGCCCGGAACCCUGUCUAAAUGGUGGCAGCUGUGGUCAAGACGGUCAAUGUCAUUGUCCUUCCCGUUAUUACGGACAGCGGUGUCAGUUUGCUCGGUGUCGGCGUCCUUGUAAAAAUGGAGGUAACUGCACCACGUCCGGCCAGUGUUCAUGUCCAGAAGGAUUCAGUGGAAGACAAUGUGGAAAAUCCGUCUGUUCCCCGAAGUGCAGAAAUGGAGGACGCUGUGUGGCACCCGGCGUAUGUUCAUGUCCUUUCGGUUACACCCAGCCUAUAUGUAAACCAUUUUGUACCAAAGUGUGUCACAAUGGCGGACGUUGUGUUCGCCAUAACACGUGUAAAUGCCGGAAAGGGUAUACGGGCAAAGACUGUUCUAAACCAAUUUGUAAACGAGGGUGCUACAAUGGCGGGAAAUGUGUAGCACCAAACAAGUGUUCAUGUCCAAGGGGCUACAAGGGCCGAAAAUGUCAGAAGGCUGUGUGUAACCCGACAUGCCAGAAUGCCGGUGUAUGUAUCUAUCCCUAUGUCUGUAGGUGUAAACCAGGAUAUUACGGGUCAUAUUGUCAGGAAUUUACCUGCAGACGAUCGUGUAAAAAUGGCGGGAAAUGCAUUGGUCACAAUAAGUGUGAAUGCUUGCCAGGCUACUCGGGGAAAUGGUGCCAACGGGGUAAAUGUGCCAAACCUUGUCAGAAUGGUGGGCGGUGUAGACGUAAUAAAUGUCGAUGUCCGAAAGGUUACGGAGGGCAGACUUGUGAGAGAAAGGGAUGUAAAUAUGAAAAGUUCGUGGUCCCUUAUCAAAAGACAUACCGGAGGCUCCAGAGGGAGGAAUUCACCACACAAUGCGGUCCUUGGCGCUGGAGGACCUGCGUUCAAACUCGGCUGCGAUAUGUGACACAAUCCAAAACACUGUACCGCACGUCUUACCGCUGUAUCUGAUUCGUGAACAUAUAUUGUUAUACGAUUGGCCAUUCAUUCCAAACGCUGCAUAUCUGUAUCGGAUUGGAGGAUUGUACCUAGGGUCGACUAUUCGCCAAACCUAUUGGCUGAUAAAACCAAACGUCCCGCCGUGCCUCUUUAUCUGAUUGGAUGACUUAGCCAAAUGACGUGUCAAUGCAUCAACUUGACCAAUGGGAUGGAACUUUGUAUCAGAGGAUUCGAUCGACUGAAUACGCCGAAUCUUCUACCACCGUAUCCGAUUGGUCGUACGAAUGGAACUUUGGAACAUUGUAUCUGAUUGGACGAGUAGCCGAUUGAUAAACCAUACAUCAUGUCUUUCAU